GGUAAGAACGCGAAAGAGAGCGCGGAGAGCGAAAGAGAGGUAGAAAAAUAAAAAUUUCCAGCGGCGUCGGUGGAUUUGGUUGUGUUCUCAACGCUGCGCCGCAGUUUCGAGUUUUUGCCUGUUUUAUUCCACUCCGAUUUGUUAAAAGAAAAGCAAGCGUUCCAUGUCAGACAUGCUGAAAAUGGCAAAUGUUGCAAAUCCCAAUCUGCUGCAAACAAUGAAGAAAACAAACAACGACGACGACGAGUCCGAUGAGUCCGAGAUGGAAGAGGAGGAGGGAGAGGAAGACGAGGAGGAGGACGAGGACGAUCUGCCGGACGAUGUGGUGCUCCAAAUCGACAGCGAGGACGAGGCGGAGCUGGAAGCGCAGCGCAUCCGCCUAGUGGAAGAGGAAGCAGCAAAGACAACAAAAAAGGCAGAGAAAGAGCAGGGGCAGCAGCAACAAGAAACACAGCAAGCGCAGGUCAGUAACGGGAAAGCAGAGCAGCUGGAGGAAACUGGAAAAGCCAAAAACAAACACAAGCGUGGAAGGCCCAAGCGCAGGGUGUCCACUAGUUCGCAGGCUUCCAGUGCGUCCAUCGCUUCCCUCGUUUCCAGUGGAUCCUUGGUGGCCGCCGAGGUUCUGGCGGAUGAAAAGUCACGCCGCUUCAUCUACAGCUGCUCCAGCUGCUCUUACCACUACGCCGACAGCCUGAUCCUUUCCAGGCACUUCCAGCAGCAGCAUGCAGAGAAACCUAAGAGGAAGCGUGGUAGGGCCAAGGCUUCCCCUGAAGAGCCCCUGAUGACUCCCUCCCUGAACCUUGACCUCCUGGAAAUGGGCCACUUCAAGCCCUGCGCCCAGUUGCUCGUCCAAGGGGACUCCCUGCUGCAGCUGUGCCUCGCGUGCAACUCGCAGUUUGUGGAUCAAGUACGCUUUCAGGAGCAUCUCAGCCAGCAGCAUGGUUACUUCAAGCUGCUGGUGCCAAAGGAGGAGCCCAGCGAUCUCCCCCCGCAGGCCAUGGUUACCAUUCCGGGGGCUCUGGCUCUGGUCAAAGGCAAUUCCCAGCUCCAGCUGCCCAUUCCCGCCCCGGAAACUCCCCCACCCGAGCAGGACGUCAAGGAAACCCCACCAAGUACCGUGUCCAACGACAAGGAAGAUUUGGCCAUGAUCAAUGCCAUGGUGGCGGAAAUUGCAGCGGAGCGGGUGAAGAAAACCAGCAGUCCCAAGGUCAGCAAGAUGAUCAUCAAGCUGCCCACGACCAACAAAAGGGGCAGAAAGCGGACCAAACCAGAGAAAAUCAGGGACGAAAAGCUCAAGUCUGAGAAGAGCAUUGAGAGAAAGCAGGAAAAACCGGAGAAGAAGAAAAAAUUGGACAAAAAGAAGUCGGACACGGAGACCUUGCAGCCAGAGAAAUCGAAUGAUGAUGUGGAACAGCAGAAGGAGAAAACUCAAACCGAGCUGCAGCAGCCGGAAAUGAUUGGUACUAAGCAGUCACAGCCGGAUAACGUUAAAAUAGACCAACCAAAACCAGAGAAAUCAGAGAAAAACUGUCAUCAGUUCCUUGGGGAGGGACAGAAACCUGAGGAGCAGCCCCGGGAGAAGUCUCUAAGGGAUGGACAAUUGCCGCAGAAGGAUUCAAUGGAUCAGCAAUCGGUGACAAAGGAUUUAGGAGAAGAUCAGUCAGUGGAAAAGUCUGGUAGGGACCAGCUCUCCCAUGAGAAAGAUUUAAAGGAGCAGCAGUCGCUGGAGAAGUCUGGCAAGGAAAAGCAGUUGGUUGAAAAACAUAUCAAGGAGAAUCAGCCGCCGCAAAAAAACGCACAAGAGCCAGAGCAAGGGAAGGAAGAUGACACCGAGGCGAACAAGCUUGUCAUUCCUAAUAAAGAUAGUCAGAACUUGGGUGCAGAAGACAAAGAACUUCAAAAAGAUGACAUGAACCAGCAGCAGCAGUUGGAAAGUCCAGGGCAAUGUCAACCUCAAACAGAGAAAGCCUCCAAAUUAAAAAAGCCAGAGAAGGAGCAACAGCGAAAGUCGGACAAAUCGGAGAUGGAUCAGCAGCAUCAAGCUGAUGAACCUGCCAUGCCAACAAAGCGCAAGCGCAGCCGCAAAGAGCGCAAGUCCCCCACACCAGUUCCCAUUGCGCUAGAAGAAAAAGAAAUAAAGGAGGAGCCAGAGCCCCCGGAGCGGCGCAUGCGUAAGAGCCGCCACCAAGUGGACUAUGUGGUGGAAGUCAAAGAUGAAGAGGAAGAGGAGGACGACGAGGAGGAGGUGGACGAUGACUCCUCGGCCACGGUUUCGCCCCACAACAGCUCAACGGACGAGAGCUUCACUUCAAUCAAGCGUGAGUCAUCCGAGGAGUCGCAGCGCAAUGGAAACGGCGCGAUACACACCUGUAAUUUCUGUGGCAAAACCUUUAAGCGGUUCUCGAGAAUGCAGGACCACCUGCGUCUGCACACCGGAGAAAAACCAUACGUCUGUGGUCAGUGUGGCCGGUCUUUCCGCUUGAAGAUGCGUCUGGUGGAGCACCAAUUGCGUCAUCGCGCCGAGAAGGCGUACAAAUGCGAGAUCUGUUCGAUGCCACUGGCCACCAAGCAGGAUUUGUCGCUGCACAUGCGUCACCACAAAAACGAUCGCCGCUACAAGUGCGACAAGUGCAAUAAGGCAUUCGUCCGCAGCUCCGAUUUGUCCAUCCACGUGCGGAUUCACACGGGCGAAAAGCCCUACAGCUGUGACCUGUGCGGCAAGGCGUUCCGUGCCCGGCAAAACCUGGUGGUCCAUCGGCGCACUCAUCUCGGCGACAAACCCAUUCAGUGCGAGUUGUGCGACAAGCGCUUCGCCCGCAAGAUCGACAUGCGGGUCCACAUGCGCAGGCACACAGGUGAAAAGCCCUACAACUGCGAUGCCUGUCAGCGCGGAUACUCCUCCCGAGUGAAUCUGCUGCGGCACCAGGAGCGUGAGCAUGGCAACGGGGAGAAGGCCUCUGGCGCUGCAAAAGCCGGUAAAAAGAGUCCUGAGCCGACAAAGCAGCAGGAAAAUGAUCCCAAAGCCAAAGCAGCACCACGUCGCCCGCGACGCGAGAAGCUGCAGCAGAAGAUUGCAGCGCAGGAGAAACUACUGCACGACCUGAAACGCAGCUUGAGUUCUCUUCCAGAAAUAUCAGAGGAGUCAACGCAGGCCAAACUCGACGGAGCUGGUCAGGAACUACCAGCAGAUGCGGGAGCAGGGCUUGCUCAAGUCCAAGUCACGGUGUCCAUGCAAAUGGAACCGGCACCAAAUCCCGAAGACGACGAGGAGACCACGCCGGAGAAGGAGAACGCCUUGUCCAGCUCGACGACUGCCGAUGGCAAGACCAAGGCAAACCGCAAGAUUACCAGCUACUUCACUGUGGUGGGCCAGCAGGCGGAAAUCUAAAGACUUAAGUUCAGGGUCAGCAACACUUCUUACUCAUUACUUUUAAGAUGCCACUCGUACUUGGAAAUGGCGGAGACAUUUCCCUAGCGUAGCGUACACCUCGCAAUUUUACACUUUGGAUUUUACAUGCAAUCUUGCAGCAGGGAUCAAGUAUUUUCUAUAUAUUCUAUUUAUAUAUUUACGAAUUAAUUUUGAGGUUCUACGGAGACAGAUACCCGGGAAAUAUUUAUUGUUGUGAAGGACAGAUAACCAACAAGAACAAGAAAAGACUACUUUUUAAAAGAAAUCAUGAUAUUUGAUGUGAAAAAAUCAAGCAAGAGACUGCAAAGAGUUUAAUACCAUAAAUAUAUAUAUUUUUCUAUAGACAGAGCAACUUUUGUGAACAAAGUAAGUUAAACUAUGUAAAAAUACCAAUAACUAGUGAGUAAGUUAGUCAGGGAAAUGUUUGCAACCUUUAGGCCCCUGAAAUACCUUGAAAAUCAAAUGCUGCAUCUCGAAUUUCUCUUAAACCGAAUUGAAGUCAAAAUCAACGUUUUUUAUGAAUAAUUUGUAAACAAACGCUCGGCCAAUUCAAUCUUAUCGAGCUUCAGUAUCAGCAAAAUAUGAUAUUUAUAAACAAUGCGCACAACGAUUCGAAUUUGAUUUGCAAACAUUUCCUCUCCAUUCCCCCGCAUUUGUAAACAGAACAAGCUGAAGAAUAUUUCACAAUUUCAUUUAAUUUCACAGCACACAUGAAAUCAGUUGCAAGUCAUUUGGUAUGCAAUUUAUACGAAAUCUCCAACAUAUACUCCAAAUUCCAAAACAAGUAUAUUUUAAUGAAUACAAUUUAACUUUAUAUGUGCAACCAUACGAAUUGCUCUCGGGAAAAGUUUUUGUAUUUCCCUUGGAAUGCUUUAUGCACUAUCUCACCACUGCUUACUUUAUUUAUUUUAUGUACUUUACGCAUUUACUUUAACAUAUUUACUUAAUUAUUCGAACCGUAGCGUGGCGAAAAGACACUGCAAAAAGUCAGCAAUGUUUUUCUCCUGCACACACUGAACGCAUUUCUUGUAAAUUGAGUUUGUGGCAGCUUCUCUCAUUCUGUAGCAUCUAAGAGAGUCCAAUGAAUAUACGUUACUUUAUAAUUUCA